GUUGAACCUUUGAUGAUGGAAGCUCUUGAGAAGAUUGAGAAGGAUAUUAAGACACCACUUUUAAGGAGUGACAAGAUGAGAAGAUGCCUGAUGUCAGGAAACAGGACAUCAGAAACUUCCACUCUUUUUGAUUGUGACAUCACACUUGACGACUACCUUCUCAAGAGCUACUAUAAGACUGCAUCUUUGAUUGCAGCCAGCACAAAAUCAGCUGCCAUAUUCAGUGGCGUCAGCACUACUAUUUGUGAAAAAAUGUAUGCAUAUGGCAGGAAUCUUGGUCUAUCCUUCCAGGUUGUCGAUGACAUGCUGGAUUUCACCCAGUCAGCCGAACAACUUGGCAAACCAGCAGCAAGUGACUUGGCAAAGGGAAACCUGACUGCUCCAGUCAUCUUCGCUUUGCAAAGUGAACCAGAGCUAAGGGAGAUCAUUGAUUCUGAGUUCAGUGACACGGAUUCGUUAGCUGCUGCAAUAGAGCUCGUUCAUAGAAGUGGUGGGAUACGGAGGGCACAUGAGCUUGCAAGAGAGAAGAGUGACUUGGCAAUCCAAAAUCUGCAGUGCCUUCCAAGAAGUGACUUCAGAAGUGCCCUUGAGAAGAUGGUGGAAUACAAUCUUGAGAGGAUUGAGUAGUGGAUUUUACUUGAAUGCUCCAUCAGGGCUCCAUCAGGUACAUAUCUCCAUUUGGGGUUUGGGGUAGUUUCCAUAUAAAUCUUUAUAUUCAGCCCCUUUGGGAAGAUACAUUUCACCGAAAAAUCAGAUGAAUCGCACUAUUUCAUACAAAUCUAGGGAUAGCCUUUGAGCAGGCCACUACUAUCAUGUUGAUUUUGUAACAGCUUGUGCAGAAUCAUAAGAAACCCUAGGACUUGACCGCAGCCCCUUGCGCCUACAUGUAUCCGAGCAUUCUACUUGGCAGUUCUUGUAAAUAAUAGAACCAUACAGUAACUUAGCAUUCUUUUUUGUUUU